UGUAGAUCUCCUGCAGGCCCAGCAGAUCACUCUAAGCAAUCUGUCACGUUGUCUGCGUGUAUGUCAAGCGCGUUCAAAAUGAGGACGCUUUGGAAGCAGCUUUACCUACCUACUUGGCACAUAAUCAUGUUUGCCUGUCCUUGACACGCAUCCUCUCCAUCUCCAACUUCGUUAACAUGGCGUGCGUGGCCAAGAUCCAAGGCUGCCUCAUUUUGGGCUGCAGUCUGACUAAAAUGGCCUUGCUGCCUCUGCGGGCGAGUGUGAUGCAUCCCUUAGCAAAGACGAUAAAGUAUUGCACGGUGACCCGACGACCCCCUCGAGACAGCCUUGGAAAUAUCCUGCCUUUACAAUACACAAAUGCGUUUGACUUCGCAGUUGCAGUGGUAGCCAACACACCUGCCCUUGGCCGCGUAGCAAGACGCGGGACCCCUAGGCUAUUCGCGCAAAAGGGCACUCAGCCUUAGCCCGCAACCGGGCACUAGCCCGUGACAGUGGAAAACGAAAAAAAAAACUAACAAAUUAUCGCCCGCGCGACCGCGUCAAUUGAGGUACAUAGGUAAGAAGUCUCACAGUAUGUUGGCUGCAAAAGUGAUUCUUGAGAGUUUCGCCAUUUGUGUUACUUUCUCGGUCGCCAGAGUGACUACGGGCGCUGGCGGUUGGCGCUGGAGCUAGGAAGCAAAGCAGUAAAUUGAAUUGAAGCUAUUCGCAGCAAGCGUGCAAGCGAAAUAUGAACCAAGAAAG